AUGGCAACCGCGACGCAGCUUAUGCCGUCACCGAGUGGCCUAAAGUCCAUGUCGGCAUUCAGCCCCUACACGGACUCGCCCAGCUCGCCGGGCACUUUUGCCCAAGUCUUUUCAAAUAGAUCCUCAGGACACACGUCUGAUCACCUCCAACCACCACCUAGCCCGUACCCGGCUUCCGUGGACCCAUCGCCCGUCGACAGCAAUGGCACGAGUCAUACAGACCACACUGAGAUUGAAGAGGAUGCCCAGGUGAACCACCCGAGCGAAGAUGGCAUGAGCGAGAUUAGAUCGCCGGGCACUGACGACAUUGUGAGCCCGGCGAGCCAGGACGGUCAGACAAAGCCCCAUACCCAUAAGCUCAACACCGCCGUGCGCAGGGCAGACUCGGACGAGGCUCCUCCGUCUGUCAUCCAUGCACCAGAUAGCUUCAAACAAUUUAGCCGGAUGAGCACGUCCGGCGCGUCGUCGAGCGCAAAUACGUCGGAUCAUACCGCCGUGGAAUCGCCAUCAACACCAGAAGCCAACAUGCUUCCCGAUGUCGAAGACAAGCAAACCUCUUCUGCUUACACAACCCCAAUCGAUACCGCUGUAUCGAACUCGGUUGCAGACCGCAGCACGCCGCGUGCACAGACACGACAAGAUUUCGAGGAAGACCUCAGGCGGCGCAGCGUUCGCAAAAGCGUCAAUCUCGCUGAUAUCGCCGAGUACGAAGACCAUGCUACCACUGACUCUUCUGCGAGCUCUGUCAUCGAACAGGAUGACAGCCAGUCAUCACAAUCGCAGGACGGCGAAUCAAUGUCGAUAGGCACCCAAACGAUGGGCCAGGCGAUCCACGGUAUCCACGAAUCAGAGAAGGAGGUGGCUGCCUUGCGAAGUGCACUGGACGAAUGCUGGACACUCUGCAACUCGCUGGCCAAAUUGAGUCAACAUCACAGAACACGCAUGUUCCAUUACUCCGGUGGAAGCCCUGAUAUGCAAGAGCAUGCUUGGAGAACAUGUUGGCGACUUUGCCAGAAACUCUACGAGAGUAGAGAGGAGAACCCUUCCACGCAGAUCCGACCGACACUGGAGCUUUGCCGAGAUUUUUGUCAAGCACUGUUCGAUGUGCGUCAGCGCGGUGAUGAGGCUUCAGACUCGGUGCUUAGAGUCAGCUUUGAGCUGAACAAUCAUCUCUACAACGCCCAUGAUCGCACACUCCCUGAAACAUUUCGUGAACGCACACUGGAUUUCUAUCUGACGUUAUGCCAUCGCCUGAUGAAGCAGCGGACUUCUCUUCCAGAAGAGACGGACUCAUUGCUGCACGCAUGCUGGUCGUUGGCAGAGAUGCUAUUUAGUCUUCGCCAAAAUAGCCGAGAUGGCAAGCCCGCCGAUGAGGAAUUGCUAGGUUCGGCCAUACAGGCGUGUUGGGAGUUGUGUGACUUGUUCCGUGAAGGCUGGACACAGGUACGACCUGACCGCGGCACCCCACGACCGACUCAAUAUGCCUUUUCGGUUGGCCGGAGUUCUGUGACGCAUCGCUCUCAAGCUGCGUAUUCGGACCGGUCUGGACGAUCAUCCAGUGUAAACCAGUCGUAUCAUUCUGCCAUUUCCUCAAGACGAGCGACACCAAUCCAGCCAGAGACACCGACUACAAUUUUCGAUGACCGCGAGGAGUUCUCGCCAGCGGACGAGCCAAACGUUCCAAACAUACUCGUUCUUGGUCCAGAAGCUGGUAUGACACGAACCCAUGACCGUUGGUCUUCCGCUUCUUCCAACCUCUCCACAUAUUCGGACGCUUCGCAUCACACUUCUUCCACCGCUACCGCAGGUCGAGAAGAUGCCAACUUAGUUCGCUUGAAAGGGUUGAUCAUCAAGGCCGCUAUCAAUACGGGCUACAACCGCCAAAUACCCCUCCCAGACUUCAUUCGCGCCUUACCGUCCAACAGCUUCGGCGCCGAGACAUGGCAAAGCCAAUUGUUCGACAGCUAUCGAAAACUUGUUCUUGCAGACCCAACAUUACGAAACGUUCACACUCAGCCACUCCGCAGGCUGACGGCGCUUGAAAUUGGACGAUCUGUGCAAUGGCUGGGUCGCAGCGAGUCGUUCAAGUGGCUCCGUGAGCUCUAUCGCUUCGUCUUUGGGGCUUAUCCUGAAGAUACAAGUCAGCGCAACCUAAUAAUCAACGCCUAA